UCAAGGUCUGGGAAAAAGAAGAACUUUCGUCAGAGCCCUGUCUGUAGGCAUUCUAGCAUGCCGGGGCAAUGGGAUAUGGUAUCAGAAAAAGACAUUCUCACAGCCUAAAAGAUUAACUUUUGUAUGUCCAAAACAUCAACUCAGGCCAUUUAUUAUAAAUGAUAUUACAGAGUGCCAAUAGUUUUUGAGAUAUUACACUCACGACUAAAAAUGUCAACCUCAUGGUGGCACUAGAGGGAAAACUCAGUGGAUUGCCAAAGCCAGCAGGCUACAUCCUGGGGAGAUUCUGAAUAUCUGUAUCCAAACCCUAACAACACCUACAUCAGAAUGCUGUUUGUUGAUUUCAGCUCAGCAUUUAACACAAUCACUGAGAGGCUGGUCCUGGCUCAUCUCAAAACCUGCCUACCACCCAUACUAGACCCCCUCCAGGACAACAGUAACACCUCUGUGAGAAUGCUGUUCAUCAACUUCAGCAUUCAACACCAUCAUCCCCUCCAAACUGAUCACCAAACUCAGCGACCUGGGCAUCAACACCUCCCUCUGCAACUAGAUACUAUACUUAACUAUACCUAACCAGCAGACCCCAGUUUGUUAGGUUAGCCAACCACACCUCCUCAACCCUCACCCUGAAGUCUGGCGUCCCACAGGGCUGCAUGCUGAGUCCUUUCCUCUGCUCCCUCUUCACCUACGACUGCACACCUGUACAUGGUUCUAAUAAUUAUCAAGUUUGCAGACAACACAACACUGAUUGGCCUCAUCAGUGACAACGACAAGUGGGCCUACAGGGAGGAGGUCCAGCACUUGGCGGCAUGGUGUGCCAACAACCUGACCCUCAACACCAAGAAAACCAAAGAGAUCACUGUGGACUUCAGAAAGACCAAAGGCAGCACACACACCCAUCUGUAUCAACAGCACGGAGGUUGAGCGUGUCUCCAGCUUCAAGUUUCUGGGCGUCCUCAUCUCUGAGUACCUCAACACUUCAACCCUCGUCAAGAAGGCUCACCAGCAUCUCUUCUUGUGUAGAUGGUAAUCGGCCCCAGCCCCGGAUACCCCCCCCCCACACCAAAGACUCCAAAGACUGAACUUUCACACCCCCCUCCACCUCAGACUCCCACCUCCCCAAGGACUGAACUCUUCUUCCCCCUCCACCAAGGACCCCCUCACUCACACCUUCCUCCAGACUGAACAUUUGUACUAGGACUGCCUCUGCCUCACAGGCUGCUGGCUCCUACUCACUUAACACACCACUGCACAUACACGUACCUACACUAUUUAUGCUCUCACAUACCAAUACAUAUUUAUACUACUGUCUAUACUGUACAUAUCUGACCUAUAGUGUAUACACCGCAUUCAUAUCCAGCUGUUUAUUCUGUCUAAUGUCUACCUCUAGCAUUACUUGUACUUGCACCUGCACUGCAUAUUUACACAUGUAUUAUACCUGUACUGCCUACUGGAACUGCUGCACAUGCUGUAUAUAGCUUAGUGUAAUUUUGACCUGUGAGUCAAGUUUGUUUAGGCAGCAGGUGAGUUUGCCUCAGGCCACACAGUAUUUCAGCCACAGACUGUGCCUUGUAGCAACACACCAUGAGGUAAUUCUUCCCUUGAUAGCAUUUCAUGGUGCUAUGACAACAGUGACAAACAGUUAUUCUUAAUUUGAAUAAACAUUAGUAAUCAUAAAUGUAACCACCACUAUGUACCAACAAGGUAUGCAUUUAACAAUGCCUUAAAACAGCAAAAUGAGACAAAACACUCAGAAACACUGAAUUGAUUGUUCUUACAGUUGCCUGCUGGGAAAUCUUGAGGAGGGGCAACCCGAUAAUCUGUACUAUCAUUUAAUGGCCUGAGGCAAGAUGUUUUGGACAUACAAUAAGUCAUCUUUUAAGCUGUCACAAUGUGGGUCUUUCUGAUACCAUCUCCCAUUGCCCCCUGUGCCACUAUGCUGGAUAUUUGUAUCUAAAUAUACAACUUUUUAUCUGUCUAAAUGAUCAGAUACUGUACCUUAUCCUUCCAUGCUCAUCUGCAACACAAAGUCUAAUCUUUUAUUCAUAAAGUAUACAUUUCAUCCCCAUUCUGUGUAGGGUAGCUUAUGAGUGUGACUACAGGCUUGUAGUUAUUAAUUCUCAUGUUUGGUUUGCUGUACACUGCCUUAUGGAUUAAGUACUGUGGGUGUGUUGGCCCUUUAAGAGUAACUUUUUCUUUCUUCUCUUGCUCAACUCCACUCAUGAUUCCACCCCCUGCAGAUGGCCUACAGACCACAACAGACAUGUGGUUCGCUUUGUGUGACUCAUGAGUCACUGGUGUUUACUUUCCCCAGUCAGUGCCCAAGCACUGACCUGCAGCCGGUCAAAAAUAUUCCCAAACCCUACUGGACUUCUGAGAUGUAUUUCUAUUAUUUUAAUUUCCUGGUUGCUCUCUGUAUUGAUUUAUCCCUAGCUGUUAUAUAUUUGGACCAUGGGAACUACAGUUGUGAACUGCAUUUCCCAUGAGUUAUUGCAUAAACAAAGCACAGGUGUGCCGUAUUUUAUGUUAUUAUACAUUUUGAGAUGAACUUUCCCUUAAACAUUUGCCCUGAUGAGGAUCUAGUGACUGGAAGCUUGUCAUUAUUGUUAAAUACUUGUAUUUGACCUAAGUGUGCAGAGUCUUCUUUUCUCAUGUUUCUGAUGUUCUUAUACUUAAGCACUGUGUCAUAUGUGUGGUGCUCUUCUGAAAUGUAUUCCAAAGCAGUCUGAAACACUUUGAGAAACUUGACUUCAUUUGUAUCCAGUAAUCAGUCUCAAACUUUAAAAAUGACAUCUGUUUGGUUCCAGUUGGAAGUAAACUUAACAAAUAUGAUUUUAAAACUUUUUCUUCCAUGCCUUAUGGAGUCGAAAUUGGGCCUCUAAUCACAGGAUUUGCUGGUAUGAAUAUGUUAUUUGCUGAUGAAAACAAUAAGAGGAGGUUAGCAAUGCACAGGACAUUAGCAUUACUGGGCUAAUUUUUCAUUAAACCAACUGUAGCAUAUACUUGUGUUUUGCAUUAGAGUGAAUGAGUUUCCUGUGGAUAAAGUUGAAUUAUAAAAAGUGAUUCAUCAUCAGUGACUAUAUGGUACUGAAACAAAGUUCUACACAUUCUGAUUCACUGGAUUUAUAUCAUGGACCCCAAGUAAACGAUCACAAGAUUUAGUCCAACAGACUAAGAGCACAGUUUGUUUUCAGUAUUCUGAUGAGCAGUGAAUAGAAAAGAUAACAGUAAAGACAGUGAACCUUCUAUACCUUCUUGUCCUGUUCUGGGUCAGCCCCAUCCACAAACCUUAGUGUACUUUAGGUCUGGCUUUGUUUUCCUGGCUUAAUGCUACAGUAUAUGUUGCUAUUUUAGGCAACAGUGUUCUUCUAACUCUGUGGCAACAGUUUGGGGAAGGCUUUGAGUGAGAGAAGGCCUUCUGAGGCACAAACAAGUAGCCUGUUGUGCUGCACAGAAAACACUGAUGUGGUGACUGCUCUUAAUGUUUUUAGAACUGCUUAAACACUUGAUAAAAACUGAAAGAGUAUGAAGCUCAAGUUUCUGCACAAGCCGCUAACAGUAACAGGAUCUGUCCAUGGUGCUGGAAACCAGUCCCUGCAGGACUUGAGGCUGCUUCUCCUCAGGCCUUUUACAUCGUGAUUCACGUGCAGAUUUGUUUGCCCUCAAUAGGGGAUUUUAACGAGAGUCGUCUUUGGGCCUACUUUGUGCCGUAACGGAGCUCCAACGGUAUGCAAACAGCCGAGAGACAGAGAGACAGGGAGAGUCUGCGAGAGAGAGGGGGGAGGAUGAUGUCAUCGUUUUUAGUCUGUGGCAUGGAAGAAGCCGAUGGCUGCAGCCUUUCCCCUUUUCCUUCACUCCUGCUUCCAUCUCCGUCGCCACCGUCCGCCUCAGCAUCAGGACUCAUCGAAGGCAAAGAGUGACAAACCGUUCAGGUAGGAUGUCUGCAGGUGGAGACAACGCGGAAACCCCUCCGGUCGGCUGGAUGUGAGCGCACCAUCGACCGAAGGAGAAGUCCAAUAAAGACGACAUGGACCAGAAUACCGGAGCAAGCACGGCGCUAUGUUCAGUCUUCUUUUUUGUCUUUAUUCUGUAUUAUGAGCAGGCGGCAGUGUAGAGGAGCUGGUCCUGCCCAGAAAGGAGGAGGAGGAGCAGAGACGCGCAGAAGGGUGUCGACGGAGAGAGGCAGGGGCAGCGGAGAAGAGGAGGGGAGGAACGGGGGAAACAUCAUAGCGUAAUAUUACAAGCUUCUAAUAAUGGCGGCUAAGUCGGACGGGGUCCUGAAGAUAAAGAAGAGCGACGUGGCCUUCACCCCCCUGCAGAACUCGGAGCACUCCGGCUCGGUGCAGGGGCUCCACCCGGGCGCUCAGCCCGACUCUGCGGGCACCGGGGACGGGGACUUCGCCAACGGGGAGUCGCGGUGCUGCGGCGGGGGAGGCUCCAACUCGACGUGCCUUCGCCUGGGCAGGGAGCAGCAGAAAUAUACGGUGUGGGACUGCCUGUGGAUCCUAGCCGCAGUGGCCGUGUAUAUGGCCGAUGUGGGCACCGACGUGUGGCUGUCGGUCGACUACUACCUCCGCCGCGACUACUGGUGGUUCGGCCUGACGCUCUUCUUCGUGGUGCUGGGCUCCUUCUCGGUCCAGCUCUUUAGCUUCAGAUGGUUCGUCCACGACUUCAGCACCGAGGACGGCGCGGAAUCCGCCGCCGAUUGCUCCCACAUGGAUGGGAAUAAGCUGCUGAGCGGCUCUGCCUCACACGGCGACGUUACCGCUCAACACCACCCGGCCACGCCGCAGAGACAGGCGUCGACCGCCAGCAAGAACACCACGACCAACAGCACCGUGAGCACCGCGGUGGGCAGCAGGGGUACGAGACGAACGGCCUACUACUCCUUCUGCGUCUGGUUCGGCCAGUCCGUCAUCCACAUCCUCCAGCUGGGCCAGAUAUGGAGGUAUUUCCAUACCAUCUACCUGGGCGUUCGGAGUCAUCAGAGUGCUGAGACAGAGCGCUGGCGUUACUACUGGAGGAUGGUGUAUGAGUUUGCAGAUGUGAGCAUGCUGCAUCUCCUGGCCACCUUUCUGGAGAGCGCUCCACAACUGGUGCUGCAGCUGUGCAUCAUCAUACAGACACACAAGCUCCAGGCUGUGCAAGGUAUGACAGCAGCAGCCUCCCUUGUCUCUCUGGCCUGGGCCCUGGCCUCCUACCAGAAGGCCCUGCGAGAGUCUCGGGAUGACAAGAAACCGAUCAGCUACCUGGCUGUUAUCAUCCAGUUCUGCUGGCAUUUCUUCACUAUCGCUGCGAGGGUCAUCACCUUUGCCCUGUUUGCCUCUGUGUUCCAACUCUACUUUGGCAUCUUCAUUGUCCUGCACUGGUGCAUCAUGACCUUCUGGAUUGUCCACUGUGAGACAGACUUCUGCAUCAGCAAGUGGGAGGAGAUUGUGUUUGACAUGGUGGUGGGCAUAAUCUACAUCUUUUCCUGGUUCAAUGUCAAGGAGGGUCGGACAAGGUGUCGUCUUUUCAUCUAUUACCUGGUGAUACUGGUGGAGAAUGCUGCACUCAGUGCGUUGUGGUAUCUCUACCGGUCGCCUCAUACAACUGACGCCUUCGCAGUGCCAGCACUCUGUGUCAUCUUCAGCAGUUUCCUCACUGGCGUGGUUUUCAUGCUCAUGUACUAUGCCUUUUUUCAUCCCAACGGGCCACGCUUUGGACGCUCGCCAAGUGGCCAGGGUCUCGACCUGGACCCCACUGCUCAGUUCGCCACAUUGCCAUCUGAAGGUGCCACCAACUCACUGCGCUCCAACCGAGGUGCCACCACAACCCUGGAGCGCGAUGUGGGGAAGUAUUCUGAGAGGGACGGCUGCAUGCCUGUGUUUCAAGUCCGACCCACAGUGCCAUCCACGCCAUCGUCUCGUGCUCCACGCCUCGAAGAGACAGUCAUCAAGAUCGACCUUUGUAGGAACCGCUACCCAGCCUGGGAGCGUCACGUCCUCGACCGCAGUAUACGCAAGGCAAUCCUGGCCAUAGACUGCUCCCUGACUCCUCCACGGCUGCAGUACAAAGAUGACGCUCUGGUGCAGGAGAGGUUAGAAUAUGAGACUACGUUAUAGUUCCGUCCUGCUCUCAGAACCCAUACAGGGGUGCAGCCGUCAGAGGAUUAUCCUGCUAUCACAUAAACAGCAACAAGGACUGUGGCAAUAAUAAUUUGUUACUAACAAGAAUUUCACUUUUCAUCUCUCAUUCCCCUUUUUCUUUUUCUAUUCCUCGGCAUCAGCGUCCACCCAGGAGCACUCAGUCCCAUUGGUAGUCAUUGGAGGAGCAUUUUGACACAAGUGCAGUUGAUGUUGCAGGAUGUGUUUGGGUUCUAUGUAGGGUUGUUGCUGUUAUUUUUACUUCCACUCAUCAGGGAAAUCCUGUCUGGUAUGAACUAAAUGCAAAUCUUCGACACUCUGCUCAGACCCUACUAGAAGCUGACGCACUGUUUGGUUAAGGUUGGAAACGUUAAGGAUAAAAUAAGCAUGCGUCCAGACGUGUUGUAAGUCAUGAGAUAUUCCACUUUAAUCUAAAUGACACCUGAAUUACACAGAAAUUCCUCUCAUUUUUGAAAGAAAAUGAUCCCUCAUUCAGCAUCACUAGAAACUUCAAAUUGUUAUAUCUGUCUUAAUGUGUUGGUGUCCUACUGUUUGGAAGUUCUGACGAUGUGAUAGCAGCCACAACUGGGUGGGUACUUCCAUCGAUAUGUACAUGAUAACACUCAUCGCUCCUGUUCUCUUAGUGCCAAAAAGGUUCCUUGGAAACAUCCUCUAGCUUCUGAGGAGUUAGAACACCUUAGAGAUGGCUGGGUAGUCCAAAAAGUUCUUCUCUGGCCUUGACAUUUCAUUCCUCUUGGAUAAUUCUGGUCUACACUGGAAGAAGGUCAGACAGAAAGUGAACUACAUGAAGACAGUGGUCAAAGUAGCAUCUAUACUCAGUCAUUGUGUUUUGUUUGGAUAAAAUCAACCAAACCUGGCUGGAAGGAAGGAUAGGGAGCGAGAAAGAAGGGGUGAAAGCUGGACAGACACAAGCUCACUGUCUUUCUCUCAUAAGGAAAUAAGUCACUCAAACAACGCCAAGAAAAAAUCUUCCUGGCAGCUCAACUCAACUAUUUGCAGUCCAGCCUCAUAAACCUGGCUGUGCAAUGAUACUGAUAUUUGUUUGUCUGUGAAGGAGAAUGUGGAGGGGAGAGUAGAAGAAAUGUGCAAAUCGUCAGACAGCAAUGAAAAGGAGAUGACAGGAGUGGGUGACGCAGGAAAUGGAAAUAAAUCAAGGAUGGAGAAUAAGAGAAAACACAGACAAGCAGCUAUCUCAGCCAAACUAAACCAACCACCAGGAUGUACAGUACUCUGAUACAACAUGCAGCAUUUUUUACUUUAGAGAUGAUGUAGAGGGUACUGAAGUCAUUGUAAUUCUGUGUUUUAUAGGUGAUGUGUGCGUGUGUGUGCGUGUGGUGUUGAAACAAGAGAAGCAGCUCAGGAGGACAUGUGGUUGGAUGCCUAAAUCGGCUCUGUGCUAUCAUCGAUCAGUGAAGGCACACCUUGAUAUUUUGAUUAAGUCUGCUUGUUCUUUGAUAAACACACGUCACCUUCUUGGGAAAAUGUUCCUGUUUUUGUCCUCCAGCUAACCCAGCAACAGCUUUUAACAUUGUUACACCAAGUCACACAACACAUUAGCAUGGUGCUGGUAGUGUCCACUGGCUUUAAUGAGAAAUGCUAACAAAGGGAUUUUUUGUAAACUGAAGUGCUACUAUAAAAGCUUGGUCCACGACCGUCAUACCACAUAUCAUGGCCUCUGAUGGGUAACCGAUGAAAUCCAGACAUUUUUAAGUGAGUGGCUUCUAAUGCAGGAAAAAUAAAAAAUAAAAACAAUUGCAGAUAUUAAAGUAACAAAAAACAUGAUUUACUCAAACAGAUAUAAGUCCCUCUCAAUUUUUUUUUGCCACUUUUCAACUGUGAGGACACUUAUCCUCAUAUUUAUAAUGGGCUAAACAAGAUUGGGCAGGUCAAGAUUACCUGUCAUCUGGUGUGUUUGUAUUUUCAACAAAGUUUAUGAACACCUGGGUGACUGAAAUGUCCAGGUUCCAUCAGAUCAGAUCACAAUCAGCAGUGUGGUAUGGAUGUCCUGGAUCAGGGUAAGACAGUACCUGAUGAUGAAACAAGACAAGAAUAAAGGUCAAAAAAGCCCUUCUAGCAGCACCUAGAGACAAGGUCGUGUCAUGAGGUGUUUGAGAUCAUAAACACAAUUGAUUAUUCUUAUUCUUUGGUUAUUCUUAUUCUUAGAGUGGUGCUGAAAAUUGAAGGUUUGCCCUAAUGGUGGCGUGGGAGGAAAGAUCGGGGCCUCACCAUUAAGAUUCAUCCUGUGGUUAAAAUCAACAGCAAAUUUCAAUACAUUCUGGACAUUUGUUUUCAAGAUACCUUGUCAUGGUUCAAGAUGUUAGUCAAGGGACAUUUUUGACUGAAUGGUGGAAUUAAAGCAAGGAUCAAGGGGGUUGCAAAGUCAUCUUCUAGGGCCCAUAAAUAUCCAUAACAGGAGUUGUUAAGAUACCUUGCUCUGAUCAAAGUGUUGGACAGGUGGCACAGACAUUGCCACCCUCAGGCCCCACUGAUACCAGUGUCACUACCAGUCAAAUUGUCACGGUGUCUCUUUUACAUACUGUGCAUGUAUGAAAACCAAACCCUCGAACAUCCUCAGUGAUCUGAAUCAGAGUGCAAAGACACGGCUAGAGACUGCAGACGAAAUAGAGAGCGUUGCCAUCUACAUACACCCUAUCCCCUACACUCCCAACAUAAACAGCGUGACUUCAGGGAAUGCUGGGAAGCCAGAGGCAAUGGCAUCAUCACAUACUGUCAAUUAGAUGAUGUUAAUCAACCAUGUUCAGGCAUUUCAGCUCUCUCAUUUACGACUAUAGAGUCAAGGCAAUGCUAUUUAGACAUUCUUCCCAUAAUGUUCAGUGGUAACAGUGUUUAUUUUAAAAUUUUAAAUGUCUGCACAAAACAAAGUUCCAGGUUGUCUUUCUUGAUUUGUUAUGUGCAAUGUCUUUUUUUUCUAAGGAUGGCAAGAGAAGAGAUAAGCACAAAACAAGUCAAUUGGAUAAUCAUUGCAUGAGACGAAAGCUUUUCAUCCUGCUUAACCAAACCCCAGGCGUACCGAGCUGUUCUGACCUCAGCUGGGCUUAUCGUUCUGUGUAUGAAGUCUGAAUUCCUUUGCAGGUCAUUACAGUUGCUGUCUAAAGCUAAAGUUAAUUGAUCAUCUUACAAAUAUAUAGCACUAAACAGAGGAUUCGUGUGUAGCCCAGUAUAUACAGACCACAGAAGGAACCAGAAGGAUGUGUUUCCGUGAUCCACUGUCCUGGCAAAUAUUGGCAUAUUUCAGCUAUUAUUUGUGGUUUUCUCAUUAGAUAUAAGUUUAAAUGGCUUAUGUUAGUUUUUAUAAUAAUUGUGUUUUGUUGGUGAUGGCAAUUCAAAAAAGGAAUAUGCUUAUGAACAGAACUGCUGUGUUCUGUCAGACACGCUUUAAAGGACCAUACGAGGGGUUUUGCAUGUUUUAGCCAUGUCACAUUUACUUUACGUCACAGCCAAUCAUUUUGCAAACCAUGCCGUUUUGUUUUAAAAAUUUGAAUGUACUUUUUCUACUGUUCCAAGAGGCCAUUGUUUUCCUGCAAUUACAAUAUGGUAUAAAACUCUUGCUUAAGUUGUGUAAUCAAGUGAACAUCAUCUAUAUUGAUUAAUGUCAUACAUUAUUGUUGUCAAGUAAUGGAGCGCAGACUUUUCAAAUCUAUCUGCACUUAAAGUGCAUUACCUACUGUUUCAGAUUGUACAGAAAUGAAUGGAAAUCAAUGGAGGCGUGGAACUGUAGCUAAAAUACAAAAAUGGUUGCAAAAAUAUAAAGUAUACAUAAUAUGUUGUUAGAAUUAAACUUUGCAAACACAGUGAUAUGGUUAUUUUAAGUUUGUCAAGGUUUUAUAAGUUUGAAGUCAGCUGCUUUUAUCAUAAUUUCAAGUGUCUUAUUCUUUCGGUUUAGAAUGUGACUCAUGAAACAGUUUGAAUAUUGAAGCAUUUGUCACAUAACUUGAAUACAUAGUUUUUAGGCUUAUUUAUUUGCCUUCUUGCCACCACACUACUCUGUGUGUGUGUGUGUGUGUGUGUGUGUGUGUGUGUGUGUGUGUGUCUGUGUCUGUGUCUGUGUCUGUGUGUGUGUGUGUGUGUGUGUGUGUGUGUCUGUGUGUAUGCACGCGUGAGUGUACGCUCUCAUCAGUGUGUGUAGUGUUUUACUGUACUAAGCAGUUUGUAAGAACAUUUUUGGUUAAUGGCUGCUUCAGUUGACCACAGCUCUUUUUACAGAAAUGUUUUGCCUUGUACUUAAUUUUGAGCUUUUUUACACAUCAAAGUCUGUCUACAGGUCUUGGGGAGGACUAUUAAAUAUGAGUUGUAUACGUUGUACAAAGCCUUUUGUGGCUGCAGAGGAAGCUGCUGGAGUUAGAAAGAAGUAAGCUUACCAGACCUCUGUAGCCCACUCCUCAUCUCUGCUUGAGACUAUAGGCACCAGGCUACUGGAGCCACGAGCCACUAUUAGCAUGACACACCUAAAUUUACGACUAAACUGUCAGUGGUCAAUUUACCAGUUUUUUUUUAACUGUCUAAGUAGAAAAAGCACAGGUUUCAGGAUGGCACAAUACUGUUAGACUUAGUACAAGGCUGCAUUUAAACAGCACUGCAGGAGCUGAUACUGAGCUGAUGCUCUUCUUUUGGGCAUAUGAAGAUGUUUAGGAAGCCAUCAAACCAAAUCCACAUCUAAAAUAAUCAAUUAAUUACCAUUCUUAAUUAAUUAUUUAAUUAAUUAAUUUUGGCAUGAUAUAUGCUGUAGGUGACAGGAGGCCAAGAACUGAAAGGACAGAGGUAUCACGCUGGACAGACUUUUCUUUAGUAGAAUAACUACAGCAGAUAGCAUAUCUUUCCUUUCUAUUACUGGCCUAAUUCACCAGCAGAGGUUCUCAGUGGGUUUAUCUGCCAACACAGUUGUGAAAAAUUCAAUAAAUGUGCACUCACUGAAAACAUUGCCAUUAUUUUAUACAAUCAGACAAGAUUUCACUUGACCUGUUUGUUUGCCAGACAGUUAAAAUGAAACAAUAACUGGACCGAAUCAGCAUGGACUAUGAGGAAGUCGGACUGAAGGUUGAAAAGCAGAUAUCUUCUCUGUGGCCUACUCUGUGUAAAUGCAGCCUUAUUUUAUCUGAAUGGAACAUCAAAGCACAAGUUUAUUUGCAGUCUCUCCCAAAUCCAGUGUAGCCUUUGUUUACUCAUCACCAUCUCAUUAACUAAUAUAUAUACUGAACAUAAAGCUACCUCAGUUUGUUUCAUGGACAGAAUACCCUCCACCUUCUCAUCUGCAAUAUAUUUUCAUCUGUAACACAGACACACGCUUUAGAUUCAGCUCCCUGUUUCUGUAAGGAACACAAUUAGACUGAAAAUAGGACAGUUACCAGAAUUCCAUUGAAAAUUCCAUUAACAAAUGAUAUUCAGUGUACUCCAAAGCAUAACGCUGACAUAACGAUAAUGAAACUGAAUGUGAAAUGGAUUGUUCAUUUUCAAAUUUGCAGACAAUGUGCCAAACUGAAAUUGCACACUGUUUUUGUAUUUGAAUUAUGUAGUGGUUUUCCAGAUGACCAUGAAAAAAAAUAUCAUUUCCAUCUUAUUAAUUUGGCUUAAAAGAGUAGUGUGGAGGAUUUAGUGGCAUCUAGUGGUGAAAUUGCAGUUUGCAACCAUAUGAAUACCACUAGCCUCACCUAGAGCCAGUGUUUGGUUUGUCCGUUCUGGGCUACUGUAGAAACAUGGCGGUGCAACAUGGCGGCCUCCGUGGAAGGGGACCCGCUCCCUCUGUAGAUACAAAGGGCUGAUUCUAAGGGAACGAAAACACAACGCUUCUUAUUGUCAGGUGAUUAUGCACUAAUGAAAACAUACUUAUGACUAUUAUAUUCCAUUUCUGCCAACAGCUCCUCCUAAAUGGUACACACUGGACCUUUAAAUCAUGAAUUCUUUUUCUUCAUUAUAAUUUGCCAUACAUCAUGCACACCCAUGCACAGUUGUUAAUGCAUGAGGCCCUUCGAUUAAAUAUUUUGUCAGUAAAGUUUAUUGAAAAGAGCUAUUGCAGCCUCCACCAAACCCAUCCUUUGGUCUACCUUCAGUUUCUAUACUCCAAGCAAUUAUUUGUUUAAUCUCACUGUUGAAACGAAAAAUGAGGUGCUGUCAUAAGAAGGGGAAUCCUCCAUUCAUGUUCCACAGGUGCUCAAGUUCUCUAACGUGUGAUUGGUGGUGGGUAUCCUGCUCACUGAAGGAAGUGUAUCAUAAAUAGGACAUGGCACAUCAACAGACUCCCUCCCUCACUCUGGUCAUAACUCUUAAAAGCUGCUGCUUUCUAUGUUUUGUUUGCCUUAAAGAGAAUAUAUUUCUAUUUUUGUCUUUAUUUCAACCUCAUCACCAGGGACAUUGUUUGAGGCUGAACUGAGAGUGCGGGGGGGUUUACACUGUUCAAUAGCAUAAUGUGUCAACAACAGUUUCUAUAAUUACAGUAGGACCAACAGGGAGGUUGUAUAGACUCCAGUCCUCCAUUGUCUCAGUCUGAACAUCUCUCAAAGGAAAAGCGUGUCCGACUGUAGAAAACAUGGCUGACUGCUGAUUCUCUUUGCUUGUAACUCAAGGCAUCAGUUAUGACAGUACUGUAAAGAAAUAAACAGGAAAUGUAGAGGAUCACAAUGCUAACAAAAAAUACUGUCACUGUAGGAAAACGUUCCCCUUCUCUACCUCAGCUUGUUUUCGCUGCACUUCAUCAUCCUGCACUGUUAGAAAUUAGCCUACAAACUGAGCAGUCAGUCUGUGAAUAAGACAGUAAGGCACAGUUAAGGUUAUUCACAAAUUCUGAACAUUUCAAUUGGUUGCUUUUGGGUCAUUGUACUGAAUUACAGUUAUUGUAGGGAGUUACAUUCGCAAAAUGUACAAACACCAGGGAUAUAAUAUCAUUAUUAUAUCUAUAUUAUAUAUUUAUAUUAUAUAUUAUUAUUAUUAUAACAAUCAUACAUAGUCAUGUUUACUGAACUUUUCAAUAGCUACUAAUGUAAGAGAGAAAAAACACAUUUUCCCACCUUUAGAAUUUUUGUGCAUGGAAGACAUGUGCCACAGCCAACACAACAGGAUGGGCCACGUCUUCAGUCUCAAGUGUUCGGUAUUGGGAAGCCAGUGAGGGAUAUUGAUAUUAUUGCUGCACUUCUACUGGUGUGUUGCCCAUACAGAGGGAGGUGGGACACAGGGGUAUAAUAUGAACCAAGAGCAUCCCAUCUCCUACUAACACUCACUAUCAGUUUCUUUUUACCAUGACCACAAUCUUUCUCCAACCUUAGCCAAAUAGUCUUAGUUGCCUAAACUCAACCAUAGCUUAGGCAUAUCAGAAAACCGUAGUAUGAAUCAUUUUUUGAAUGGUCAUAUGUAUCAUUCUGAAAGGCUCUGAACAACCCCUCCUUUGUCAUUUAUGUAGAGGACUUGUUGGAGGAGACACCUGGCUGUCUGACAAUCACACCUCUGCGCUCACACAGCCAGAACACAGCAGCAGCAUCUAUUGUGUGUCCAUGCCCUCUGCAGCUCUUUGAGAUGCGAACAGGCCUUGUGAGUGUCUCUGUUCACCAGAUGAAUCAAAGCUCUGCCGUAGAGGUCUGGACAUACCAGCCAAACACAACAGAGAAGUCGACUUUGUAACUCUUAGCUCACUGUCUAACCAGAGAAAAUGACUGUAUUUAGUUUGGAUAGUCAGGACAAGAUCUGUGCAGCAGCAGCAGUUCCAGAUGAGAUCAUUCAGCCUUAGUACAAGCACAGUAACCAGCAGGUGAAUAAUGAUAGGAUUCCCAUCACACUUGUAUAAUCAUUCUGUACAGAUGUCUGUUUAGAGAGUUGGUUGAACAUGGAGUACCACAGAUAGUGAACUGAUCAACUUAAAAGCUUAUCUGUAAAUAAAUGUAUGCAAAGUGUACACGUUAAAAAAGAACAUUCCUCUUUUUUUGAGUUCUGACUGUGAAGGGUGUCUUUAGAGGUUUGAAGCCACCAUGAUGGCUGUAACUAUGACGAUAUACUACAGAGAAAAAAAAGAUAAAUGUGGUGUAUGUGGUGUAUUUAAAAAAGAUACAAAUGUUAAAGACAAAAAUGUUUUGGUCUUUUCAGUAAGUUGCAUUGUGUGAUAAAAGUCUGAAGUGCUAAAUGCGUUUAAUGGGAAAAAAGUACAUUUUAUUGUAAAAAUAAAUCAAGAGUGAUAAACAUGAUCAAAAUGACAUUUUUGUAUAUAUGGGAUUUUUGUAAAUUUUUAUUUGAAUCUAAUGCAACACAAACUACCAAAAUUCAUUAAUAAAGUACACUGUGGUCAUUUU